AUGGUUGUUAUCUGUCAAUGUUACAACUCAUUGCAGAAGGUUGCGACGUGUCGAUUUUACUCGUUUCUUUUUAAACACGUUCAUCGAGAUCAUUUUAUCAAGCGUUAUACGUUUGAAGACAAGAAGCACUUCUACUCAGCAGCGCGCAGCAGCUACCAGAACAAUCAUGUUUACAUCAUAGAAUAUGAAGUACACAUCACUAUCAUUUUUAAAUGGUUAAGUAACGUAGUAAACGACGAUAAGUCUAUGAACACUAUCCUUGAGCCUUACAUCAGAUUGACGUGUGAUAAAAGGAUAUUCGGAUAA